AGCUGUAUAAGAAGUUCUGAAAUUCCAAACAAGAAUAGCCUUUGAUCUCUCCGCCUCAGUGGCCAUCACAGUACUCUGAAAAAUCUCCUAUGCAUUUUUACUCCUUCGUUGUUUGAUCGGAAUGCAACGUAAAACUGAAACCAGAGACUAAUCGAUCCUUCCAAUUAUUGAUUGCACCAAACCUCAUUCUCGGGCCUCACUGUUUCCUCCGAUCGCCGACACAGAACAAUACCACAUUGCUUUCAAUUGAAUUGACCUAUCUGGAUCGAGAACAAUGAAUGCCUAUAUUUUCGGUAUCGUUGUUCCUCUCCUCGUCAUCCUCUUCCGCAGCCGCAGUUCCACCAAGCGCCGCGGCCUCCCAGCCGACGUUGGCGGCGAGCGCGGCCUCGCGCUGCGGAACCACCGCUUCACUUCGCCACUCAGUUCUGCCUGGGAGGGCGUUACGACGCUGGCGGAGCUCUUCGAGCGCGCAUGCAGGGAGCAUCAUGACCGUGUGCUGCUCGGCACGCGCGUGGAGAUCGCGCGUGAAGUGGACUUCUCUUAUGGUAGAAGGCUCGAGAAGCUUCACCUGGGGGACUACCACUGGCUUACUUACGGGAGAGUCUUCGAAUCCGUCACGAGUUUCGCUUCCGGUUUGGCGUUGCUCGGUCAUCGCAAGGAAGAGCGCGUGGCUAUAUUCGCUGAAACCAGAGAUCGUUGGUUUAUUGCACUGCAGGGAUGCUUCAGGAGGAAUGUGACAGUUGUGACCAUAUAUUCGUCAUUGGGAGAGGAAGCUUUGUGUCACUCGUUGAAUGAGACAGAUGUCACAACAGUGAUAUGUGGGCGCAAAGAAUUGACGUCACUAGUACAUAUCAGUGGUCAACUUGAUUCUGUGAAACGUGUUAUAUGCAUUGACGACGACAAGAUUUCAUCUGAUUUGUUUGCUCAGACUGGAUGGAAAAUCACUUCCUUUGCUGACGUUGAGAGCCUUGGUAGAGACAAUCCUGUUGAGGCUGAUUUACCCCUUUCAGCCGAUGUUGCAGUUAUAAUGUACACAAGUGGAAGUACAGGAUUGCCCAAGGGUGUAAUGAUGACACAUGGCAAUGUCUUGGCAACAGUCUCUUCGAUAAUGAUUAUAGUUCCUAACCUUGGGCCAAAGGAUGUCUAUCUUGCCUACUUACCGAUGGCUCACAUCCUUGAAUUAGUAGCUGAGAAUUUGAUUGCAGCUGUUGGAGGUAGUAUAGGAUAUGGAACUCCCUUGACUUUAACUGAUACAUCAAACAAAAUAAUGAAGGGGAAAAGGGGGGAUGCCACUGCAUUGAUGCCAACUGUGAUGGCAGCUGUACCAGCAAUUCUUGAUCGUGUACGCGAAGGAGUGCUCAAGAAGGUAAAUGCAAAAGGAGGAUUGUCAAAGAAAUUGUUUUAUUUAGCCUUUGCACGAAGGUUGCUUGCACUUAAUGGUAGCUGGUUUGGUGCUUGGGGCUGGGAAAAAGCUCUAUGGAAUCUUCUUGUGUUCAAGAAGGUUCAAGCAAUUUUGGGUGGUCGCAUUCGGUUUAUACUAUGUGGUGGUGCUCCACUCUCUGGUGACACCCAAAGAUUCAUCAACAUUUGUCUUGGUGCUCCAAUAGGUCAAGGAUAUGGUCUCACUGAGACUUGUGCUGGUGGGACAUUCUCUGAUUUCGACGAUACGUCUGUGGGCCGUGUUGGGCCACCUAUUCCUUGCUCAUAUAUUAAACUAAUUGACUGGCCCGAAGGUGGAUAUUCAACUAAUGACUCGCCCAUGCCUCGUGGUGAAAUUGUGAUUGGAGGUCCAAAUGUCAGUCUUGGUUACUUCAAAAAUGAAGAAAAAACAAUAGAAUCUUACAAGGUUGAUGAAAGAGGAGUAAGGUGGUUCUACACUGGUGAUAUCGGGAGAUUUCAUAAAGAUGGUUGCAUUGAGAUCAUUGAUCGGAAAAAGGACAUAGUUAAACUCCAGCAUGGGGAAUAUGUGUCCUUGGGAAAGGUGGAGGCAGCUCUUUCUACCAGUCCCUACGUCGACAAUAUCAUGUUGCAUGCUGACCCUUUUCAUAGCUAUUGUGUGGCACUUGUCGUAGCUUCUCAUCCGGCAUUGGAGCAAUGGGCUUCACAGCAAGGAAUUGCUUAUUCUAAUAAUUUUUCAGAACUGUGCAGGAAAGAAGAAACUGUGAAGGAGGUGCAUGCAUCACUUUUAAAGGAAGCAAAGAAGGGUCGUCUGGAAAAGUUUGAGAUUCCUGCAAAAAUUAUUUGCCUUUCUGAGCCAUGGACUCCUGAAAGUGGCCUAGUCACUGCAGCUCUUAAGCUGAAGAGAGAGAUCAUUAGAAAGGCUUUUCAAGAGGAGCUUUCAAAGUUAUAUUCCUCCGUCUAGACCAAAAUUAGAUCUGGUUAUCAGUCUCAAUAAAAGUAAUUAGAAACACUUUUGUAGGGAGGACCUUUAUAUAUUUUUAUUUAUAAUCAUAUGUCCAUUUUAAAUUAUA